AACUUUUAAAAAUAAUUAGAGCAGCACUUACAAAGCCAGCUAGUUUCUCACCAAAUGCGUGAAUAGAGAUCGCAAUGAAAAAGGAUAUUAAAUAAAACUGUCAUUCCGCUAAAAGAUAAUACAGAAAUGUAAUUUGCACUUAUGGAUCAAUAUCAAUCGGAUCAUACAAUUCAUAGAAAGCAAUUACCAAAUCGUAAGAGAAACCCUGCCAAGCGAUUAUCGCCUACAUUCGAAGCCUCGACGAGAAAAAAUACUAAAAAGGUUGUAAAUUUAAAACGUGAUUCUUUGCGACCUGAAAAAUUACCUAAUGGUAAAGAUUUCCAAUGUUGUUUAUGUUCUUCUACAACUUUCAAUUUGACAAAGAGACCGUAUAAAAACCGAGAAAGAGCUAUUGAGGAAUCGAGUUGCUACUGCUACAGCUGCAUUUUAAGUAACAAAGCUAAGCCAACGAAAGCAAAGUUGUCUAGUAAAGUUGAAGAUUUAGAGGCGAUUAAAAAGCGUAAAGAGGAAUACAUUAAAUCAUGCAACGAAUUUGUUCAGACAUUAUACGAAUCGAUGAAAAAUGAAUAUGUAAAAAAACUGUGCUGUCCGUACUUUCAAAAAAAAGCUUGCGAUUGUAUUCAAAAGUAUAUAGUUACCGGGGAUGAAAGUAAAGUAGAAACUCGAAUAAAUGAUUUAUGUAAUUUAAUGAAGGAGGCUGAAUCUCUAUCCAAAGAGAAAUGCUAUGAAAUUCCAGCCGAUCACGAAAUGCGAAUAACGGGAUUAAGUCAAAGCGUCAUUUUAAAGUUUAAGCGACAACUAAGAGAUCAAAGUCGCAGUAAACUAUCUCGAGCAAAGUCUGAUGUUGACAGAAUGACUGUUGAAGAUGUCAAUAAUACUCUCAAAAUGGUGGAUGAUGAGAAGCGAAAAAUUUUACGGUUCGAAGAUAAAUUGAGAAAACGAUUGGAAGAUAUUGAAUCGUCAACAUCCUAUCAAGAUCCAUCAACGUAG